AUGCUCAACGACCAUCAUCACCACCAUCAUGAUGAUGGGCAACAAAAUAGCCUUCCAUCAAAACAACAACAACAACAGGCUUUAACAACAAUACCUCUUUUAACAAGUCAAUCAUCAUCAUCACCUCCUCCUUCUCUGAUAAACAAUGAACAAGUAGUAAUAGAAAAGGAAUUAUUUUGGAGAUCAAUAUUAGGAUCAAAUUAUAAAUCAUCGAUGGAAUCAUCAUUUGCAGAUAUUAAUUUACAUCACGAUGAAAAUGAUUUAAAUAUUGAAAUGAAUUCUUAUAAUGAUUUUGAUGAAUAUAAUAUAAAGGAAAUUAAAGAUUGGUGGAUUAAAUAUCGUGAUUCUAUUUCAAAAUCGGAAAAAGAAAAUUCUUUAAUUCAACUUGUCACUUUAAUAUCAGAUUCUUUUGAUAGUAACUCUGACAUUCAUUAUGUUUUACCUUUUUAUAAUAUGGAUAUUUCACAACUAGUGACAGAUUUAUCAUUAGAAUUAAUUAGACAUUUUUGUGAUUUAUUUAAGGAGGAAUAUAGUGUCACACCUAAUAAUAUUAUUAAAUUUAUUAAUAGACAUAUAACAAAUGAUGAUACCAAUUUUGUAAAUUCAAUUUUGGGAAGAAUGGAUUUUGAGAAAAUUAGAAAUUUUUACUUUAAAUCAACAAGUGAAUAUCCAUUCUAUUCGUAUCAUGAUAGUUUAUGUAAUUUAAUUACUAAAUCACUAUCAUUAUUAUUGGAAAGUUGCAAUAAUAUUAAUAUUAUGAAUGGACUGAGUACAGUUAUUAUUACAAGUAUGAGAUUAUCAAGUAUUUGGUUUGGAUUACCAAAGAAUAAAACCAUGAAUAAUGGUGGUGGUCAACAAUUAACAAUAGAAAAUACAAAUUAUACUAUAUUAAGUCCUAUUCAAGAAAGAUUGGCCGAAUAUAUUCAAGUUUAUUAUACCUAUUCAACAUCUAGUGAACAAUAUAAAAUCAGAGAAGUAUUGACAACGGAGGAUACUAAUCCAUGUAUCAUUCUAUCAAAUUUACUUUUACAAAUUUCUAAAAAGAGUGUCAAUGUGUUUGUUGAAGUAUUUCAAUGGACAAGUUUGUGGAAGAUUGUGAUUGAUAUUUUCAAGAAUUUGUCCAAAUUUGAUGAAGAAAGAAUGAAUAUUGAACAUUUUAUUCAAUUCUGCAAUUUUACAAGUUUGUCUUUUGGUAACAUGUUUCUUCAUGCUUCCAAGGAUAUUAGAAAAUUGAUAGAAUUGAGUUCAUCUAAGGUUUUUAUGGAAAUGAUGCAAUAUUUGGAACAGUUUGUAAAUAGUGCUGAAAAUGAAUCAAAGAAAUUUAAAACUUUGGAAAAGGUUGCAAUUUUAUAUGUGAUUGAAAUUUAUGUUUGGGGUCUCUUUACAUCUCUCCAUUUAAUUCCAAAUUUGUUAAUUGAAUUCCAACAUUGUGAUGGAUAUGAUUUGCUGAAGAAAGUUUUCUAUGCCAUUAACAAUUCUGAGAAGAGCGAAUCAUCUCAAGAUUGCUUUCUUUUACAAUUCCAACAACAAAAAAUGUUAACAAUAUUGCAUGUAAUGAUUAAUCUUGUUUUAGAAUUGACAACACAUAUUCAAUUGGUUAAUCAGGAAGAAGCUAUUCAGGAACAACUUGGAAAGUGUAAGAGAAAUCAACAUGUUUUUGGGCUAUUGGUCUAUCUUUAUAAUCAUACAGACAUGUCCAAGAUUGGAAGUGAUUUUUUAUGUAAAAGAGAGUUAUUAGAUCACUUACUCUCUAAUUUGACACUUUUCCACGAGGAAUAUUUCAAAAUUCUUUACAAUAGUGAACCUUUCAAGUAUAUUUGUGAGAAUUUUACUUCUACAUCAAAGGAAAUGCAAAUUCAAGUUUUAAAAACUUUUGAUCACUACAUUCAAUUAUUCACUCUAUUAGAUUCAUCUAAUGAAACACAAGUUGAUGAAAAUUUAAUAUGUAGAGAUUUUAAUGAGUAUCUCAAAUUGUUACUGACCAAUCAUGAUAUGUUUUUAGACUCAAUUAUGAGAGUUUGUAAUCAUUUGAUAUCUAAAAUUCAGGACAAGUCCAUUUAUCACAAGAUUCAACUACUUUUUAGAAAUUCAGGAUUUACAAAAUUAAUACUUCAAUCUAUUGAUAUCAAACAAAGAAAUAAUCAAGUUAUGGCAAAACUAGUACAACUAAUUUAUUUAUUCUUAGAAGGAAAUUUAGAUAAUCACAAAGAUUUUAUGGGUCAAUUAACUCCAAAGUCAAAUCCACUCUACAAAUUAUUGUAUGAUGAAGAGUUGAUUGGAGAAACAUUACCUGUCAUCAAAAUGAUUGUUGUUAAUGACAAAUCACAAACAUGGGACUUUAUUAUAUCAGAUUUAUUGGAAAUUAUGUUUAUUAACAAUCUAGAUGAAUCUAGUUUCAAUUCAAUGUACUCUAACAUUCAUCAAUCGCACAAUUCAAGUGUUAAAUUUUGUGAAAAGCACUUGAGAAUGUGUGAAAAAAUCUUAUGCUGCAUUAGAAAAAUGUUUUUGGAGAAUGAAAAUGUAAAGAAUUCCUUUAGAAAAUGUAAAGGAUAUGAAAAGAUUAUCAACUUACUUGUUCUAAAUAGUACAAAUUUAGAAUGUUACGAUUUAGUCUUUUCCAUUGUCCAAUCAUGUAUUAAUUUACUUAUACUUUCAAUGAAUGAGAAUUCAGACAAUGAGAUUUACUUUAAAAAGUUUAUUACAUUCUCUUCAUUAUUGUCUCCAUUACACAAAUGUGGAUUUGUUAAGAGUUAUGAACAUGGUAUUAAUCUGACUAUGAAUUUGUUACAAUUCUCAGUUAUGGACUAUGGUUUAUAUGAACCAAAUAAUUCUGAUAGAUUUAGAAAAUUAAUUGAAGAAAAAGUUCUCUUAUUUGAAAAUCCUGAAAUGAUUCCAGAGGUAAUUCUUAAAUUAUAUGGUAGAAAUCUGAGUGAAAUUGAUCCAAAGUUAUCAAAUUUCCUUGUUGAUAUGCUUUUUAGACUUGUGAAAUAUUCAACAAACAGACAUCGUUUGUCUAGAGCUAAAUCUCUUUUAAUUCUAAUGAAGGAAUUUACAACAGUUCUAUUGGAGCCUUCUCACUAUCUUUCUAAUAGAAUUACCAAAUUAUUAAUGCUCCUAGGUGCUCACAAUUUUUCUCCUCGUGAAAUGCAAUACUAUUUUACAUUGUUCACACCUGACAGAUUGAAUACUAUUAUUCAAUCAUCAAAUAAUAAUGGAAAUUCCCUCACUAGUACCACUAAUUCAAAUAGUUUCAUUUCAAUUUUGAAUAGCAGUGGUAACAGUGGUAGUAACAGUAAUAGUAAUAGUACUGAAAUGAUUGCAAGUUCACCUCUUCCAAUUCUACCUUCCACCAAAACAAUUAAUAAUUUAUUGAAGACAUUACUUGAAUUGGGUGAACAAACUUUUAUUCCAAAUUAUUAUAUUGACUUUUCUCCUCUCAACAAGGACAAGGUAUUCCGAUAUGAUGAUUUGACUCAACUCAAGAGUAAGAGAUUGAGACUCUUCUCUAGCUCUUCAAGUAAGAUGGCUCACGAUAGAGAAGAAAGAAUUUUACUGAAGAGAACACUUAAUACUUUUUCAUCAAUUUUAUUCCCAAAGAUGAAUUAUUCUUCAUGGCCGUCCGAGAAGGGACAUACAACUACUUUGUGGUUCAGAAUUGAAAGUAAUUCCAAUUCCAAGAUUAGUUUAUUCAGUUUCUCUUCUCAUGUCAAUUCAAUGGUAUUUAAUGUUUCAAUGACACCUGAUAUGAAAUUGAAUAUAGAGAUGGAAAGAACAAAUGAAAAAUUAGAAUGGACAGAAACAUUUUCAAAUUAUGAAUUCAAACUCUAUCAGUGGUAUUUUAUUGGUAUUAAUCAACAAUUAAUUCAAUUACAAGAUAAGAUUGAACACAAGUUUGGAUUAUUUGUAAAUGGUUUUCAUGUUCAGGAAGUUGUUCAUCAAGAAUCUAUUGACAAAUCUAUUAUGGAUAUGUUCAAAUCAUUCUUGAGUUUCUCUCAAACAAGUUUAGAAUUUAUUGUUAUGGGAUCAAAUGCCUAUGACAUGUCAAAAACAGUUAAUCAAACAAUGAAGAGUGUUAAUAAGAGAUCAGGAUCAUUGAAAUCAACUCUUUCAAUCAAUACUUCAAAUAUUGCCUCCAACUCAUCAACAAGCGUUGGUCUUCAUAUUCCUAGUCCAAUCAAUAAUAAUAACACUACUAAUAAUUUAUUAUUGAAUAGUGCUAGGAGUAGUUCCAGUAGUUUGAGUUCAAAUACAGCACCAGUACAUGGACAUAAUGCAAAUGUAACAGCCCAAUCUCCUUCAGAUGAAGAUAAUUCAGCACUAGCUAAUCAACAAGAGAAAUUAUUCACUUGUCCAGCAUUCCAACUUGGUAACAUGUUCUUUAUUGAAGAAUGCUUGAAUGAUGAAGAAAUGUACAUGAUGUAUCAUUUGGGUCCUAAUUAUAUGGGCAAUUUUGAUGAAGAUUUAUCUCAAUACUUUUGUAAUGAAAUGAUUAAUGAGGAAAGUGUUGUAAAAUUCAAGAAUAAGAUUUACUAUAUGAAAGAUUGCUCAAACAAUGUAGGUUUGAGUCAAUUAACAAACAGAUUUGUUUUUGCAUUUUCAUCAGUGGAUGCUAGUUUAAUUACAAGAAUAGCUCAACAAUCACAAUCAAAUUCAUUGGACAGUGUUGAUAUUGUUUUUAGUAAUAAUAAGAAAAAGAAGAUGGCUUCCUCCAAUACUAGUAGUAGCUCCAGCUCGACAUCAAACAGCUCAUCCAAGGUUGCAGCUACACCUUCUGAUAGUAAUGCCUCUACACCAAUGUCUGUUGGUUCUCCAACUCCCUCUCCAUCAACUGUUACUGCUUCCUCUUCCUCUAAUAGCAAUAACACUGCUUCUAGUGAUGCUAGCUCUUCAAGUAGUAGUGGUAGUGGUAGUGGCAGUGGCAGUAGUAGCAAUAGCAAUGUUGUUUAUAAUGUUUCUGAUAUUAGAUCAUACAUACCUAAUAGAAAUUACAACAAUGCCAAUGCACUCAACUAUCAAAAGACAACUAAUUUUACUUCAAUCAAGUGUUACCUUUCUGGUAAAACAACACUUGUAUCAAAGUGUACAUUUAAGGGUAAUUUAUAUGUUAUUGGAGGAAUGAAAGCAAUUUUAGGUCUUUAUGCCAAGAUGAAAGAUCCAUCAAGUAAGAUUUACACACUCCUAUUAUUAUCUUAUUUGAUGAAAAACAACUCGCUCAAUACUUCUGAAAUGCUAAGAUUGGGAGGAUAUGACAUGUUAAAUUAUCAUUUCCUUUCAUCUAAAGAUAGUCAAUUUGAAAUUACUCCAUCAGUUCUAUUAGCACUUUUAGUAAUGUGUGGACUUGAUAUUCCAAAUGAUGUCAUAGUCAAUUCAGUGAAUCUUAAGGUGAGAGAUAUUUGUAAGCGCGGAGUUAUUAAUAAUUUUAUGGCAUUUGAAAAACUCUUAUUAGAUUAUAGAAUUUGGCAUACCAAUGCUAAAGUUGAUACUUUGAAGAAAAUGUUAAAAUGUUUGGCAGAGUUGGUUUCCUCUUCAUUCAGAUCUAAAGUUAAUGAACAUCACCGUGCUAUUUUAUUAACAACGGCAAAUGGUGUUAAAAGAUUGCUCUUUGCCAUGUCUCAAUCAUAUGUAGUUGGUGAAAAGAUUGAUUGGCCAAUUAAGAUUAUUAAUCCAACCAUCAAGAUUCUCAAAUGCAUCAUUCCAACACCAAUUUCAAUGACCUACGUUUAUCCAAUUGUUCAAUAUAUUAUUUUAACUCAUCAUCAAGAUUAUGCUCAAUGGAUGAAUGAAAAUAAUAUGAACAACAAUUACAUGCCACAAUUAACAACAACAACAACAAUAGGAACAAGUGAAGAUGGUUCUAAUAAUCAUCUAGACAGUCAUUAUGGAAAUGUUGAAAUUAUUGAACCAAGAAAAUCAGUAUUGAAUAUGUUCUAUAAUUUGAUAGAAGAGGCACCUGAAGAUGUGUUGGAAGAUUUCCACUCUGUUUUGCCAACAGGACAAAUUAUUGCACUUUUAAAUACCAAAUCAAAUCUUAUAAGAUGUAUUCUAUUGAAAAUGUUAGGAGUUUACUUGUCGAGAAAGGAAACACUCAAAGAUCAAUUUAUUAAGAGUAAUGCUGCUCAUUUAUUGACAUUACAAUUGUUAGAAGUUGGAAAUCCUUCUCUCUUAGAAUUCCAAGUUAUGUUUGAUUUAAUGUUGGGUCUCUUCAAUAAUAAUACGACAACUGCAGCAGCUGCUGAUUAUUCAAAUGAUUAUAUAGCAUCUCCUGUUAAAACGAGACGAAACAGUAUAAUUCUGAGUUCUGGUGCCACAAGUGGUGGUAUUGAUUCAAUCGAUGAUUUAUUAGAAUUAGGAGAGGGUGAUGAUGAUAAGACAGCCCUCCAGAGAACAUCACUUUUCCUUCCUACCUCAAUUUCUCAUGCAGCUUUCUUAUUACCAAAAUCUACAUCAGGUUCUUGUUCUUCUAAUGGUAGAGAUUCUUCUGAUUCUUCACCAACAAAGAAGAGAUCAAGAUCAGUUUAUUUCAAAUCCAUGAAUGCUGCUACAAUUGCUUCAUCACCAACCAAUACAAACACCGCUCUCAACUCUACUGCAACUAGUAGUAGUAGUAGUAGUACUACUUCUGGAAAAUCGCUUCAUAUUCCUAGUAGUAGUGAUAGUCCUAUGGGAUUUACAAACUAUAAUACUACACCAAAAGGUAGUAGUAGCAGCAGAUAUAUCACUACUAAUAGAUUGAAGAAUUCAAUUUCUCUCAUUAAAUAUGAAUUCUCUCAAUUUGAAUUCAGAGAAUUCCUCACACCAAUUCUAAGACUCAUACCAUGUAUUAAAGAUAUUGAGGAGAAGAUUAACGUAUUUGAAACUAUUUGCAGACUUUUCAAGAAUGGUGGUGAAAAAUUGAAGUUAUACUUUUAUGAAAUCAAGGCUCAUUGGUAUAUUCAAGUUUACUUGUCAAAUUUACCAAAGGAUAAUCCACAUACCAAAAAGUUUAUCAAACUCACAUUGGACUUUAUUAUUGAUUAUGUUAAUUAUAGUAUUUUAAAUAUUCCUAAACAAUAUUUGGGUCAAUAUGGUCUGAAAGGAAGUGUUGAAAUAUUGACAAAUAUUUUACAAUACCUUUUAGUGAUGGAGAAGAGUUCUUAUGAUAUUAUUUUCAUUCAAAAUAUGCAAAGAUAUAUUUUACAAGGUGUUCUUGCCUUCUUCCAAAAGAAUUAUCUCUUCCAUGAAAAAUCCAAAACCUUGAAGAAGGAUAAACAACUUCAAAAGAAGGAAAAAAAGAUCAAAGGCCAUUUGAGUGCUGUUUUCAUUUCAUUCUGUACUUGUGCAACUGACUAUAUUAUUCAGUGGUUCGAUUUACCUCCAGAACCACCAGUUACCAAUGAGGAAACCACAACAGGCAAGAUAAGUAUGAUGGGGUCAUCUGCUAUUGCACAAAAAUAUGGAAAUAUCAGUGGAACAAGAAGAAACAUUACUAGAAUGUUUGACGAUUCUUCAAAUAAUUCUUUGAAUACUACUACUGGUUCACAUACUCUGAAAACCUCAACUAGUAUGAUAUUCGAAAAACAACACAUUGAGGAUGAAUCUCCAACAGUUCAAUCAGAAUCUAAUAAUACUGAAGACAACCCUCAACUUUCCCAAUUCAAAAAUGUUCAAUUUAUUGAUAAUUAUGUGGGAACUGAUGAUACAACUCAAACCAAAACAGUCAAGAUUCAACAAGAUCAAGCUUGGGAUCAAAGAUCACUCUCUUCCAAGAUAUUCCACAAUUAUGAACGUACACUUUCACAAGAUGCAUCUUCAUCAUCAGAAGAGGAAGAAGGAAAUGAUUCAACUCUCUUUUCACACAAUAUUCAUGAUAUUUCAGGAUUUAUUUAUUGGUUCAUUGAUUCUAUUCGUAAAUGUCUUGUUAUUCAAAAGAAGGGAUCAUCAAAAUCAAGUAGAACUGGAAGUUUCUAUGAUGAAAAUCAAGAUUUCACACCAAUUACUACACCUGAAUUUAUUCUAGUAGAACAAUUGAAGAGAAUUUUCAUGUUCUUAUUGGAUUCUAAACGUUCCAAACCUGAUCAUAUAUUCACACUUCUCCAACUUUUAUACUUCUUCCCAUUCCAUAGUGAAUUGAUUAUUCAUGAUCUAUUACAAGAACCACCAGGUUAUCAAGAGAUGGUUAAUUGUGGAAAGCUUUUGAAGAGUUUCUGUUCAGAUACCAAGUACAUUACCAGAUUAUUAUUUAGAACUGCAAACUUGUUUGAUAAGACUGAUACUAUUCUACCACAAUUGAAUAGAAAAGUUUGGAAAGUAAUAAUUUCAACAUGUAAAGAUUAUUUGAAGAAGAAUAUUUUCCCAAAAACAUUUGAUCCAAAUGAUCCAGAUUUUGUGAGUAUGGUUGAAGAAGCUUCAACUGUUUCGGAGAAUAUUUCAUCACUCAUCUUUGAACCAAGUGUUAUUGAUCAAGUGAGAGAAUGGGAAUCUAAUGAAUUUUCAACCUUCAACUCUAAAUUAACUGCUGUGACAGAGGUAAUUCUAAAAUCAGAAGAAUCAGACAAGAAGAAGGAUUCAAAUAUUAGAAAGAAUUUAAGAAAUGAACAAACACAAUUAGAAUUGAAUAAGAUUAAAUAUAUGAAACCACACAUGCUCAAAUUGAAAUCAAUUAAGGAUACAGAUUUACAAGCUAGAAAACAAUGGAAAAUGCUUGUCAAGUUCAUUCAAGAAGAUGUCAGCUCCUUCAAUGUUUAUUUCCACACCACCAAUUCAUAUUGUGAUAAAACAAUCAAGACAAGAUCAACCAUUACAACAACAAGAAGUCACGUCACUAAAGAAAAUGAUUAUCACAGAUUAUCAUUCUCUCCAUAUGAUGAUGAAACAUUUGAAAAUGUUGACUACAAGUUAGAUUCAACAUCUGGUCCAAAUCGUGUCAGAAUGAGAAUGAAGAGACAAUUGAAAAAGAGACCAUUCAAUAUUGAUGAAUUCCAAAGUGAAACUCAAUUAACAAAUGUUCAAUCAUCACAAAAGAAGAGAUCAGUCAAAUUUAGUGAGAUUACAACUGUUCAUGGUGGAAAUGGUAGUAAUACCAAUUUGAAUAAUUCACAAGAUGAUGAUGAAGUAACCAGUUCUUCAACUACAACAACAACAACAUUGAAUGAGAACUCUUAUCACUUGUCAAUUUCAACAAUUAUUUUAGAACCAAAGAAGUGUAAGAGAAUUACACCACUCAGAAUUACGGAGGGUGAUUUGAUUUUAGGAGAAGAUGGUGUCUACUUUAUUGCUUCUUGCAGUUAUCCAUUGACAAUUAGAACUAAUUCUUCCUCUACAAAUCAUUCUAAACAAUUGGAAAUGAAAAAGACUUAUAACUUUUCCUAUGAAGAAAUUAGAGAAAUUCACAAUCGUAGAUAUUUACUCAAGAACAAUGCUUUGGAAUUCUUCCUAUUGAAUGGUAAAUCAUUCUUCUUUGCAUUUGAUGAUGGUGAAACAAGAGAUAGAGUAUUAUCAAUCCUUUCAUCUCCCUCCUCUAGAUUUAAUUAUCUAAGUUUAACUCCAAAUUUGAACUUGUUAAAUUUAGUUAACUAUGAAGAAGAAGUUAAUGGAAAACUAAUCUUUAAGAAAUCAAUUACUCAAAAAUGGGUUGAAGGUACAAUUAGUAACUUUGAAUAUCUUAUGCAUUUGAAUAUUCUAGCUGGUAGAUCAUUUAAUGAUUUGACUCAAUAUCCAGUCUUUCCAUUUAUUUUAAGAGAUUAUGAUAGUAAGGAACUUGAUUUAUCAGAUCCAAAUACAUUUAGAGAUUUAAAAAAGCCAAUGGGUGCAUUGAAUGAAAAACGUUUAGAAAAGAUUAUUCAACAAUAUGAAAAUUUGAAAGAUGUUGAAGAUCAAAUUCCAUAUCACUAUGGAAGUCACUACUCUACUCCAAUUGCUGUAUCUUAUUAUCUUGUGAGAAUGGAACCAUUUACUAGAAUUUUCUUUGAAUUCAAUGAUGGAAAAUUGGAUUUACCAGAUAGAACAUUCCACUCCUUAAAGAAAUCUUGGGAAUUAUCAUCAGGAGAAACUCAAUCCAAAUCAGAUUUCAAAGAACUUACUCCAGAAUUCUUCUACUUGCCAGAAUUUUUACAAAACAGAAAUCGUAUUGAUUUUGGUAUUUUACAAAAUGAUAAGAGUUUUGAUGAUGUAGAAUUACCACCUUGGGCUAAUGGUGAUCCUGUUUUAUUUAUUAGAAAGCAUAGAAAAGCUCUUGAAUCUGACUAUGUUUCUCGUAAUUUACAUCACUGGAUUGAUUUAAUAUUUGGUUACAAACAACGUGGAGAAUCUGCUAUUAACAGUUACAAUGUAUUCCAUUACAUGACUUAUGAAGGUUCUCUAACUGAUGAAGUUGAUUUAAUUGAUGAUCCAAUUACAAGAGAAGCCAGAUGGACUCAAAUCUGUACCUAUGGUCAAACUCCAAAACAAUUAUUCAAAAAAGCUCACCCUGAACGUUAUGCUACAACUAAUCUUAUGGGAGGUGAAGAAGAUACUAUCAAUGUCAUUCCAAUUACAAAUUACAUUUUCAAAGUUGCAAAUGAAUUAUCUCCUGGAAAUAUUAGAAUAUUCAAAGAACCUGUUGCUGAUAUUUAUAUUAGAAAUGAUCAAACAACUCACAAUAAUAGUGUUAUUGCUGUUGGAAAGUAUAAGAUUUUCAUUCCUCCAAGUGGACAAGAACGUAGAAAUUCACCUGUUUAUCUAUCUUAUAGACAUUGGGAUAAAACAUUGAGAAUUGAAAAGUGGGAUAAUGGAAAGCAAUUACACAUCUUCCACUUUAUGAAUCAACCUGAAAUUUACAAAUGUGCCAAAUUCUCACGUGAAGGUGAUAUGCUAGUUGUUGGUACUAAUAUUGGAGCAUUGCACGUUUUUAGAGUUAACAAUAGAAUUAAGAUUCACAAUAAGAAUACUCCAGAUACAACAAAUGUUAAUACUGAUAAGGAUAACAAAUUCUUGGACCAUGUUGCAACUCUGAGUGGUCAUUCUGAUAGUGUUUUAUGUGUUGCCAUCUCAACUGAAUUUUCAAUGAUUAUUAGUGGUUCUCGUGAUUCUUAUUUAGAUUUGUUAAAUCAAUUAAGCAUGAUGGUAAAGUCACGUGCAUUGCCACUUCACCAACAACAGGUGAUAUUGCCUCAUUCUGUCAAAACAAUGUAAAUGGACAAAAUCACUUGUAUUUAUGGACUGUUAAUGGUGAUUUGAUUUCAUAUUGCAACAUUAGAGCAAAGAUUACAUGUAUGAAAUUCACCUGGAUGGAUGAAGGUAUCAAUCAAAAUGUUCUUGUUUGUGGUUUGGCCAAUGGUACUAUUGCUAUAUUGGAUGCUUUAGGUUUGAAGGUUAUUUCUAAACUCAAAAUUACUGACUAUACUUCACCAAUUAGAUCAAUUGAAAUUAACUCUCCAAUGACAGAGAUUGUUGCUGGUGACGACAGAGGUUUUGUUGUGAGUUGGUACAAGAAAUAAAACAAUAAAUUUGACUUGAU